GCCAUCCAAUCGACAGUCACAUUUCUACCGAAUUUACAUUUUCUUUGGACUGCAGUUUUAUUACCAAUGAUUCAAGAAUGAAUUUUCAUAUUAAAUGAUUGAAAAGCUUUAGUAACCCUUCCCCUCAUUUCACAAACCCACUGACCUACAAACCCUCUUUUCCCUUCACCUUUUAGCUCUCAGACUCCUAGUGAAAAGUCAAUUGAGUCACCGCCGAGUUGAGUCUCUGCUAUGGAAGAUCGCUGGAGAGGCGGCGGCGGCUAUAGAGGAAGAGAUGGCGGUCUCCAUAGGGGAAGAAGCGGCGGUGAUCACCCGCGCCAUCGCCACGGAGGAGGCUUUAGAGGAGGUCGAAGGCCUGGGUACAGCAGAGGGUACGAGGAAGACGCACCGCCGCCACCAGUGCACCGGUGGAGAGGGCCUCCCGAAAUGGGUCACGACCGAGACUACUACCACUAUGGCGGAAGCAGUGAUAGGUAUGGUGGCAAUGGUGGCGGGGGGUGGCGGAGCUCUGGCCUCAGCCCUAGAAAUUCUCCGGCGUGGCGCCCUCUUCCUCCGUCGCCGCCGCGGCGCCCGCUUCCUCUGCCGUCGCCCCCCCGGCGCCCUCUUCCUCCGCUCUCGCCCCCGCGGCGCCAUCCUCCUCCGCUCUCGCCCCCGCGGCGCCAUCUUCCUCCGUCGUCGCCCCCCCGGCGCCCACUUCCUCCGCCGUCGCCGCCUCGGCGCCCGUUGCCUUCCAUGCCCGCUUUUGUCGAGUCCCGGAGGUCUCCUGAUACUGUUCCAGAAAUGGAGCCAUCAAAACUUUUAGGUAGCUUGACACCAACAUCCUCCUUGGAACGCAUGGACAGAGUUCUCCCUAUAAGGCGACCUGACAAAGGUGGCACAAAUGCAAUCCAAUCUACCAUGGUUCGUGUCAAUCAUUUCCCUGUGAAAUUCAACUCUGAGAAAAUCAUUCUGCACUAUGAUGUUGAUAUUAAACCAGAGGUGCUACCCAAGCAUGGUCGUACCUUGAAGUUAUCAAAGUCUAAUCGCUGCAUGAUAAAAGAGAAGUUGUUCUCUGAUGAUCCCUCACGAUUUCCCUUGUCAAGAACGGCUUUUGAUGGUGAGAAGAAUAUUUUUAGUGUUGUUGAGCUGCCCACUGGAAAAUUUAAGGUGGAGUUCUCUGAGAGCGAAGACAUGAAGAUCUGUUCGUAUAUAUUCACCAUAAAGCUUGUGAAUCAACUAGAGCUUCGCAAGUUGAAGGAUUAUUUAAGUGGGAAACUUUUUUCCAUACCUCGUGAGAUAUUGCAAGGGAUGGAUGUGGUGAUGAAGGAGAAUCCUGCAAGGCAUAUGAUCUCUGUUGGACGGAGCUUUUACCCAACUCUGUUCUCUCUAGAUGAUGAUCUUGGACAUGGCAUUGUAGCUUCUAGAGGAUUUUUACAUAGCCUCAAGCCCACGGCCCAGGGUUUAACCUUAUGUUUGGACUACUCAGUCUUAGCAUUUCGAAAGCCAAUUCCGGUUAUAGAUUUCCUUGAGGAGCAUGUUAAUGGAUUUAAGUUGAAUGAUUUAAGAAGAGUAAGGAAAGAAGUUGAGGUUGCUCUAAAAGGAUUAAAAGUUAGAGUCAUUCAUCGUCUUUGCAAACAAAAAUACACUAUCUCAGGAUUAAGUGGUGAGGACACAAGGUAUCUUUCAUUUAUCGCUGAAGACCUAGAGGGCAAAUCUCCAGCAAAGAAAGUUGGGAUUAUUGAUUAUUUCAGGGAAAAAUAUGGGAAGGAUAUUAAGUACAAGGAUAUUCCGUGCUUAGAUUUGGGGAAAAACAAUAGGAAGAACUAUGUACCCAUGGAGUUCUGCAUCUUGACUGAGGGACAGAGGUUUCUCAAAGAGAACUUGGAUAGAAAUGGGGCUCAGAAGUUGAAAAAUUUGUCACUGGUUGCCCCUAAAGUCAGAGAGAACAACAUAUGUGAAAUGGUGCGAUCAAAGACUGGACCAUGUGGUGGAGAUAUGAUCAAUAACUUUGGGAUUGAAGUCAACAUGAGGAUGACUACAGUUGCAGGACGUGUGAUUAUGGCACCUGAAUUAAAGCUAGGAGGGGCUCAUAAUGGAAGGAUGAGCAAGAUUACUGUGGACAGGAACAGGUGUCACUGGAAUUUUGUAGGAAAAUCUGUGGUGGAGGGCAAACACAUUGAUCGGUGGGCUGUACUUGAUUUCAGUGCAUAUGAAGGAUUCAACAGACUGAAUCCUGACCACUUUAUUCCCAAAUUUAUCAGGCGCUGUGCAAGUCUUGGAAUUAGAAUGGAUGAGCCACUUUUGUAUCAGUCGUCUCGAAUGAAUGCCUUCUCCAAUGUUGCCAUGCUUCGUGAACUGCUCUUAGGAGUAGCUGGCAGAGCUCAUGAUAGUACAAAAAACCAGUUGCAAAUUCUUGUAUGUGUGAUGGCUAGGAAGGAUCCUGGCUACAACUAUCUCAAGUGGUUCUGUGAAACCAACAUUGGGAUAGUUACUCAAUGUUGUUUGUCCAGCCCUGCAAAUAAAGCAAAUGACCAGUAUCUUGCAAACUUGGCUCUCAAGAUGAAUGCCAAGCUUGGAGGCAGCAACGUGGAGCUCAUUGACCGGCUUCCUCAUUUUGAGAAUGAAGGUUAUGUAAUGUUUGUAGGUGCUGAUGUCAAUCAUCCUGGUGCUUGGAACUCAGCUAGCCCUUCCAUAGCUGCUGUUGUUGCCACUGUAAAUUGGCCUGCUGUAAAUCGUUAUGCUGCUCGUGUACGCCCCCAGCUCCAUCGAACUGAGAAGAUUCUAAAUUUUGGGGACAUGUGCCUGGAGCUUAUUGAGACCUAUGCUCAGGUGAAUAGAGCCAAGCCGGAUAAGAUUGUGGUGUUUAGGGAUGGGGUGAGCGAGGGCCAAUUUGACAUGGUGCUUAAUGAAGAAUUAGUAGAUCUGAAGGGGGCUAUCCAGAGGGGAAAUUACAACCCAACAAUCACACUUAUUAUAACCCAGAAGAGACAUCAGACUCGACUGUUUCCAGAAAGCAAGAGGGAAAGGGGUCAGGACAGGAGCUUCAAUGAGAAUGUGUCUCCAGGCACGGUUGUAGACACAACUGUGGUUCACCCCUUCGAGUUUGAUUUUUAUCUUUGUAGCCAUUAUGGUGGUAUUGGGACGAGCAAGCCAACACACUACCAUGUCCUCUAUGACGAGCACAGGUUCUCUUCUGACCAACUCCAGAAGCUUAUCUACAACUUGUGUUUCACCUUUGUGCGGUGUACCAAACCUGUCUCCCUUGUUCCUCCUGUAUACUAUGCCGACCUUGCUGCAUACAGAGGACGGCUCUACCAUGACGCCCUGGAGUUGGAGCGCCCAGCUUCAGCUUCUGCAGCCUCUGCAGCUUCAUUUGAUGAGAGGUUUUACCGCUUGCACGGGGAUCUGGAAAAUACGAUGUUUUUUGUUUGAAAGCCCAAUUGUUUCUUUUUGUAAGGGAAGAAGAUUUUUGACGUUAUUUUUCACUUAAAGGCCCUCUGGCGUAGAGCUCCUAUGCAUGCAAGCUUAUGGAGUUUGUGCGUGAA